AUGCUGAAAGCAAGGUCACGCAUGAAGCGAAGGCCUCUUGUUGCUCUGUUUCUCGCUGGCUCAGUGCUUUUCUGGGUCCUUCUGGGCGUGUCGAGGUCGUUGCAUCAAAACAAACAUGAAACAGCCGAAGCCAGGAGUCAAGAUUACGGGGUCACUGGCGACUACACGAACGUAACGACCGCAUUGCCCGGCUUGAACCUCAACGAUGCCCGCUUGGGCGAAGAUGUGCUCGACGCUUCUCAUGCUACGGCUAAUCCACCUUUCCUCGAGCUAGAGCCUCCAGCAGUCGUCGCCAUCAUUCCCGUUACUAAACAUUCCCUGGAUGCUAUCUCUCGCGUCCUGCUGCGUUUUUUACCGUUAGGCGGCCUCUUACAAGAAGUCAUCCUUCUCUGCCCCGACGAGCUUUCUCCCGCUGUGCGCGACCGAUUACGCGACGCGCUUCCCGACGACGGCUCCGCGCAUAUGGAGAUAUCUGUAUCUACGUGGCUGAAUGGCCUUGAAGAAGGCUCUGCGCUGCUCUAUGCCGCGCGCCAGGUCUACGCCGACAGAGUCGUCAUCUUCGACUCGGACAGCAUUACCACCGUCAGUGGCGACGUCCUCAGCAUGCUUGUGGCACCUCUCAUGACACCUCUGCCUAUCGGACCCAGAGGCUUCAGUGUAACUGGUGACAGGGUCUCGUGCAUCGAAGCCGGAGACGAACCUCAGGCUGCCGCUUUCCUGGUCCCGCCCUUCUCUGUAGCAACCAUUCUGAUACCGCCGCAUGAUCUAUCUCCAGACCCUGUUUACGACAUCUGGCGCGUUCUCGGAUAUCACAUCGCUCGUGCGCGGUUCGAAGGCGUCGGCGGAGUUGCCGUUAGUCGUGGUGUAGCGAACAAUGUCUGGUGCUCUGCUGUACAGCACAGGCCGGCUACUAGUCUCGAUGCAGAGCGCGGUGUGCAGCCGAAGAUCAAGCCACAUGCCGGCACAAGUGAAGACUCUGCGCGGCCUCUCCGAAAUGACGCGUGUUCUCCUGCCAAGCUAUCAGUAUUCGCUUUCGCUUUCAAAUCGGAACAGCAGCUCAGGUCUUUUGCGCCUGUUGUCUGCCGCCUGCAGCACGAAGGGCAUAUGGCCUACGUAGCUACAAUCGCUGCACGCGCAGACUCUGCGCAGAAAACACAAACCAAGGUCAUAGAUAUCUUUGAUUGUGCCAUUGAGUUUACCGAGGUUCAUCGGGCUGGUCUCCAAUUGGAUAGCUGGCUGGCGACCCUGGGUUGCAGCCCUGCCGCCGUCGUGACAUCCGAACUCGAACCGCACAUCUCGGCAGCACUUGCUCGGCUUGUUGCCGAAAAAUACGGACCCAACACCACGUUCGUGUCGCUCCCAGACGGCGAUAUGCCCUACUGUGACUGGAUGGGGUCGUUGGCCGCCGAGGAAUGGCGCAACUGGCGCAAGCCGCAGCUCGAGAUUAGCGUCAUCACCGACGAUAGACCCGCUAGCCUCACACGCCUGCUAGCCUCGCUCUCUGCGGCGCACUUCUUUGGCGACACAGUGGCGCUGCGUAUUAACGUUGAGCAGACGGCCGGCCCGCAGACACUGCGGCUGGUCCACGAGUUUGAGUGGCCACAUGGCCCCGUGUUCGUCCACCGACGAGUAAUUCACGGAGGCCUUCUACCAGCAGUGGUAGAGUCCUGGUACCCGCAAUCAGAGGAUUCGUACGGCCUCAUACUCGAGGACGACGUGGAGCUGUCGCCUCUGUUCUACGCGUGGAUCAAGAUGGCGCUGCUGCACUAUCGCUAUGGCGGACCCGCAGACCGCUCGCCACAGAUGUUCGGCAUAAGUCUGUACCAGCAGAAGAACCUAGAGCUCCGUCCAGAAGGGCGCCACCGGUUUAACGCCCGCACGACGUUCGCUGCGGCGGCGUUGCCGCAUCCGGAGACCCCGUACCUGUCGCAGAUCCCUUGCAGCUGGGGUGCGGUAUACUUCCCUGAGCACUGGCGCGCGUUUCACGAAUACCUUGCCGCACGGCUCUCAGGCGCAGCGUUGCCUGUCGGGGGCGUCGUCGCGCCGGGGCUGCGCUCGAACCGCUGGACGCGUUCGUGGAAGAAGUAUUUCAUCGAGCUCGCCUACCUGCGGGGGCACGUCAUGCUCUACCCGAAUUACGUCGGCUAUGCAUCGCUCUCGACGAACCACCUCGAGGUCGGCUCGCAUGUCCGAGAAACGACGCCCGAGGCGUACGAGCGCAAGAAGCGGCUGUACCAGCUUCCCCUCCUGCGGCCACCCCUUGCGGAUGGCGAGCGGUCCGUGGGGGACUCAGAGCCCAUCGGGACGGGGCUGAUGGACCUGCCCGAUGCUCGCAUGCCGGGCUACCACGACCUGCCGGUGCUGGACCUCCUAGGGUUGCUUGCGACGGAGGAUGUCCUGCGUGAACGGGGCCUGUCACGCAGAGAGAAGCUCUUCCCCUGCGCCGACACGCCGGCGCACCUGCGAUCGCUGCUCUGUGAGUAG